CUUCCGAUUGGGUUAGAAUGGUUUCUAAUGAACAUUCAAUCAGAAAACAUCAGUGUAUCAGGCACCAUGCUAGCUGGACCCAGUAGAGACUAUGAUAAAUAAAAGUCACUGCCUUUUAAAGCCUAGCAACCCCCUGUAAACACAACCAUGGUCCAUUGUGUUGAGUGUCAGGAGAGAAGGGAACAAAGUUGAAAUGUGAAAGAGUAAUGAGUUUCCAGGAUGUGCCGGGGGGUCUUCAAGAGUAAACAGUAGUUACGGCCCAUGAAAAAGGCAGGAGGGCACUUCAUACAGCAUAAGCAGAGAGAUGGGGAAGACUGUAAGAAAGGAAAGUUCCCUCGAAGCCGGAUUUCCUGCUCCCAAUGGGGAGGAUGUUCUUUCCCCUCUGAUGACGGUUUGCCGAAAGCAAAAAGGAACCAUGCCAAUGCAAAGAGUACUUGUUACAACAGGCGACGGGUGCAUGGCCUCCAGAGCACAGGAGGAGCCCCAGUGAAGUGCCCGUUGGCCCGUGUCGGGCAGCAGGGAGUGCUGAAUUGGCUGCCGGGAACCGGGACAAGGCCGAGGCCCCGCCCCAAGCACGGGAAAGUCCGGCCCUGCUGUCCUCCAGGUGGCACCCCGGUCCAGGUGAACCCGAAAGGACGCCCUUCGAAGAUCUGCAGACCGUGCAAGUUCAAGCCAGAGGCCCCCUGGGUGGUACCUGGGGCCCUCCCACAGGUGUAGAGCCCCCACAACAAGGCUCCACACAGCUGGGAUCUUCACACCACUGCCCAGAAGCCUCCGGUUCCCCCAGGGUACUCCCCUUGAAGCUGAGGCUGAUGGCAAAGAUCCCAAGGGCUCUGGCCCCCGGAAGCCUCUGUCCAUGAACCAUAAGUCUCAUCUCUUAAAGACAUGAAAAUUCUUGCCUCCCAUCUUGGCUUGUGCCCAUGCUGCCUUUUAGAAAAGCCUGAACCAGAAUCUUCAGAAAACCACAACAUGGAUUCAAAGCUCACAGCUUUGGAAUGCCUGUCUUGCUGUGUGGCCUUGGACAAGUAACUCAGCCUCUCUGGACUCAUGUUGGCUUCAAAAAUGUCAAAUCCAGUAAGAAAAAAACAUCUAAGGAAGGCCCUUCAGUCGCUGGCACUAAUGGGUUUCUCUCACCGCUUUCAACAUUCAUGGCAGUGAGCUGGGAUGUUGGAAGGCUCAUCUCAGACAGCAAGGACCCUGGGAAAGUCCCAGAACUCCAGAUCCUGGCCCCAAUCUUGCCACCAACCUUCAGAGUUAUUGUAAGCUAGGCUCGGCCCACCUGGCCCCUCCAGGGCUGAUGGUCAAGAUUCCACCGUGACCUUGGGCAGCUACAAAUCCAGACUUCCGAGCCUGCCGGGGUGCAGGGUAGCAGGCACCCAAGAGCGGCUGGGGGACCACAGAGGCUCGAAGUCCUAGCCCCCAGCUAUCCCUCAUCCAUGGCCCCUGUGGGAACCCCUCCCUGACUUCCUGAUGUGAGUCUGCUGGAAAGAGCAGUCCAACAGACAAACAAUAAAUAAGUGAAUAAACACGA